ACAGACCACUACACAAUGCUGAAGCUGGUGGUGUUGUCCUGCUUGAUGGCGGCGGCGUCCGCGGCGCUGCUGACGCCCUUCGCCCCGUUCGCUCCGCUGGCGUACAGCGGCGCGGUCGUCGCGCCCUUGUACGGCAGCAACUACCGCGGCCCGCUGUCGCUGGCGCCCGGCCAGCCCGCCAACAUCCUCGCCGCGGACGGCAGGCCCCUCGACACCCUGGACGUCAACCUGGACCGCUCCGCACACCUCACCGCCAAGGCCCUCGACGGCGUGCACCUGCUCAAGAAGCGCUCCGCCCCUGUUAUCGCUCCCCUCGGCGGCAUCGCCUACGCCGGCACUCCGGUCAUCACCCACGCUGCACCCCUCGCCUACUCAGCGCCCAUUAUCGCGCCUUACAACUACCGCGGCCCGCUGUCCCUGGCGCCCGGCCAGCCCGCCAACAUCCUCGCCGCGGACGGCAGGCCCCUCGACACCCUGGACGUCAACCUGGACCGCUCCGCGCACCUCACCGCCAAGGCCCUCGACGGCGUGCACCUGCUCAAGAAGCGCUCCGCCCCGUUGAUCGCCCCUCUGGGCCGCAUCGCCUACGCCGGCGCCCCGCUCAUCACCCACGCUGCGCCCCUCGCGUACUCCGCGCCCAUCGUUGCACCUUACCACACUCCUCUUAUUCACAACGCCGGACACUAUGCCCAAUAUCUGUAAAUAGUCCAAAGAUA